CUUCCCUCUCUUGCAUAUGUGACUAGUCCUACAGAGGAGCGACUGCUAGGGCGGCAAGGCGGCAGAAAAAUUCGGGGUUUAGAGCCGCUGCGAAAUGGCUGGACAGCAGUUUCAGUACGACGACAGUGGCAACACUUUUUUCUAUUUCCUCACGUCUUUUGUGGGUCUAAUAGUCAUCCCAGCCACCUAUUACCUCUGGCCCCGGGAUCAGAACGCGGAGCAAUUGAGGUUGAAGAGUUUACGACGAGUUCAUGGAAGAUGUCUGUGGUAUCGCCUUCGGCUUAUGAAAUCACAGCAGAGCGUUGUUCCAACACUUAAAAAAGCAGCCCUGUUGUUUGGGUGGGCAGUAUUUCUUUUCCUGGCCUAUAAGGUGUCUAAAUUAGAUCGAGAGUACCAGGAGUAUAACCCCUAUGAGGUCCUCAACUUGGAAGCAGGAGCAUCUGUUGCAGAGAUUAAGAAACAGUACAGAGUGCUGUCUCUGAAAUACCAUCCUGAUAAAGGUGGAGAUGAGGCCAUGUUCAUGAAGCUUGCUAAAGCUUACUCAGCUUUAACUAAUGAGGAAUCACGGAAAAACUGGGAGACGUAUGGCAACCCUGAUGGCCCAAGAGUGACGAGUUUUGGAAUCGCUCUUCCUGCAUGGAUUGUUGACCAGAAAAAUUCAAUGCUGGUGCUGCUGGUCUAUGGGUUGGCUUUUAUGGUUAUCCUUCCUGUGGUUGUGGGCACAUGGUGGUACCGCUCCAUCCGCUACAGUGGAGAUCAAAUCCUCAUCAACACAACACAGCUCUUCAUGCACUUUAUGUACAAAACGCCUACAAUGAACAUGAAACGAUUGGGGAUGGUGUUGACGGCAGCGUUUGAAUUUGAUCCUCGCAGUAACAAAGAGGCCAUUAUAAGACCAACAGACAACAUAGAAGUUCCCCAGUUGAUUCGGGAGCUGGGGAACAUUAAUGUGAAAAAGAAGGAGCCUCCGUUUUGCUAUCCCUACAGCCUGAAGGCUCGAGUCUUAUUACUUACACACCUUUCCAGGAUGGAUGUUUCUGAGAACAUAGAGGAGGAUCAAAGGUUUGUGGUGAAGAAGUGCCCUGCUUUACUACAGGAAAUGAUCAAUGUUGGCUGUCAGCUUACUAUGAUGGCAACCAGUAGAGGAGGGCUUCGGGCUCCUAGGCUGACGUCUAUAGAGAACUGCAUGAAGUUGUCUCAGAUGGUGGUUCAAGGAUUGCAGGAGGCAAAGUCUCCUCUGCUGCAGCUGCCCCAUUUUGAAGAGGAGCACCUCCGAUACUGUAUCUCUAAGAAGUAUAAGGUACGGACAUUGCAGGAUCUGGUCAGUCUGAAGGACUCUGACAGGAGAAACAUCCUGAGGUUUCUGGGGGAGGAGAAGUAUGAUGAGGUCAUGGCGGUCCUCGGGAACUUCCCCUAUAUCAACAUGGAAACCAAACUUCAAGUGUUGGAUGAUGAAGACAGCAAUAACAUCACAGCAGGAUCCAUUGUCACAGUUACGGUCACCUUGACAAGAAAGAGAAUGUCUGAGAUGUUUGAGAAAGAGGAAGAAGCACCGCUGCCUACUGAGGAAACUAAUGCAGAGGAGCAAGGUGAUGCCAAAAACAAAACAAAAGUAUGGCAAAAUAAGAAUAAAGGAUCUAAAAAAGCUGCCAAGUCUAAAAAGAAGAAACUCACUAAGAAGAAACCAGUCACCCAACAGCAAGCAAAAGGAGACAAGGCCAAACAAGCCAACGGCAAUGUGGCAGGAAAUGACGUUGUUGCUGCAUCAAAAGCGGAAGAGGAAGAUCUCUCUGAUAAAGGCAGUGAAUCAGACGAGGCAGAGGGAAACAAGGACUCUCCCAGCGAGAGAGAUGAGGAGAGUGACAAGCAGAGUGACACUGAGGUUGAUGAGAUUGCCGGAGAUGAUGAGGAGGAAUGGGAGGCACUACAACAGAGCAUUCAGCGCCGUGAACGGGCGCUAUUAGAGACCAAGUCUAAGGUCACACAUCCUGUCUACAGCUUGUACUUCCCUGAGGAGAAGCAGGAGUGGUGGUGGUUGUACAUCGCAGAUAGGAAGGAACAGACACUGGUGUCAAUGCCCAACCACGUGUGCACACUCAAAGACACAGAGGAGGUUGAACUGAAAUUCCCCGCUCCAUCCAAAACCGGAAACUAUCAAUACUCUGUGAUUCUCAGAUCAGAUUCAUUCAUGGGAUUAGAUCAGGUCAAGCCACUCAAGUUGGAGGUUCAUGAGGCAAAGGCCAUGAUGGAUAACCACCCUCAGUGGGAUAUCCCAGAAACCGAGGAAGAGGAGGAUGACCAGGAGGACAGUGAUGGCAUUGAAGAAUCUGAGGAAGACGAAGAAGACAACGACUAAACCAGUCAUUUCAUGCAAACUUGAGCACAGCUCAUACACCCAUGUGCCCACUCAUGCAUACACACACACAAAAACACACACACGCGCGCUCCUACACACCCGCAUAGCCUCAGACCAUUGCCGUCUUGUGGGCUGUCACACACCGGAGGCAGACAGGAGACAAGGACGUUGCCACCCCAUGUUCCUGUUUAAAACACUCAUGAUUCACAAAUCUGUCCUUUUAUUUCGCCAAUCAAAAUAAGACUUAAGGAACUGUUGGUUAUCUUUCCCUGCGUUCAUCCAGUCGUUAUCGGUGGGCUGUCAGAGUCGUUUUAUUGUGGGCUCCAGCUGUGUUUUCAGAUUCCUCUCCACGAAAAAGAUGUCUGACCAAGCAAUGCGUCGGAAAAAUAAAAAGCAGAGUACCGCUGAAAAAUCACACACCUCAUGACUGUCAUUUUUCAAUGUCACUGUUUAUGCUUCAAGGGUGUUUUCUACCUUAUCAUUUUGUAGUUUUAUGUAGUUUAUUAGAUAUCAAAUUUACCAGGUGUUCCCACUUUUUACGAGGCUGUGUGAUGUGUAAUCUGGAGCGAGCAUGAACCACAAGGACGUGGAUGAGCGUUUUGAGCUUGAGCAGGAAUUAUGGGGUGAAGGAGGCUGUGGGUUGCGUCUCAAUUUGUCUCCAUGGUCAUGAAGUGUGGAAGUCCAAUACAUUUAUAAAUCUCACCUCUCGUAACUUCUUCCAGCUUCUCGUCACCAAGCGCAGGUUGUCUCAGCCUCAUGAAAAAAUGACUGCAGACAUUCCGUGGCCAGGUCUAUGGUUUAGUCCUGAUUUAACUCCUAAUGCUUCAUCUAGAAUUGCUGUCCUGCUGUUCCACAAAUAAGCAGGUCAAUAUCAGACUGAUUUCUUAGCACUGUUAUAUUUCAAGUUUGAUUUAUUCAUCCCACUGAAUUUUAAAACCGUAAACUGGAAAUUUCCCACCGUUGGUGACUACAGUUGUUACAAGGAGGCUAUGUUUAUAGCCUAAACAUACACAAGCGCAAGCCUUUUCCCAUCAGUUCCACUAAUCAGUUGGCCAUAGUGCAGCAAAAUACAGUUGGGUGUCUUUUUGAACCUAAAAAUUAUCAAAUGACUUGAGGACAAUGUUUGUAUGUGAUUUUCUUUUUUUUUUUUUUUGGUAUUUAUAUAUAAUUUUGUCUUACAUUCCACUCUCAUCAAAUAUCGCCGCCUUAUUCAAUGUACAAAUUUUUUUUUUUGUUUUGUUUUGCAAAUGGUUUGAUACAAAAACAUCAAUUUGAGUGCUGGGAAUAAUUGAGGGUCAGUUUUCCUAAUGUUGGUUUUAUGCAUGGGAAGGAUGGCAACAAGGCUCAAAAUUAAGAUUUGGGUUUUUUUUUUUGUGGAUCUGAUUAUUUUCGUCCCAUUAAAUGUUAUUUUGCACCAGUGGAAGGUCUGACGGCGUAUUGGAAGUGCUGAUUUAGUGGUUGUGAAAAUUUUAGUCUGGUCUGUUUGUUUGUCAAUUUAGUGGUGGGAGAGGUUAAGCUGACUGAUAUGAAAUUAUUUGAAAUGUAGAAAUGCAUAUGAAAUGUAAUCUGCAUUUAUAGUUAAUUUUCUUCUUUUUCUUUUUUUUUUUUUUUUUUUUUAAAUCUUUGACAGGAAAUUUGAUUUUCUUGUUUGUGCCCAAUAGCUAAUGUAUGUAUUUUAUAGGUACAUUUGGAAAAGCUCAAAUGUCGUUAGAAAAUCUGAAAAUCGUAUAUUUUGUUUCCCCUUGUGUUCAUUAGCAUAAUUUGAACGCAAUCUUUACUGACAGAGGGAGAGUGUCAUAUUCUGGCUGCAUGUAACAGAUUCACAUCCAAUUUUAUAAAAUUAUACAAGUUUUACAGAUAAAUAGACAUUUUAGUAUUAUAGUUCCAAAAAAAAAAGAUUGUAGCCUCAUAAUUCAUGCUGUGUACAGAAAGCUGUGACUGAAGUGCACAGAUUAUGAGAAGUCAUGUCUCUAGUACACACAGAGAGAAACUCACCGGCCAGAAAAAGGGGUGAAUUGCCUAGUAAACAGUAUCUGCCACUUUUGUUUACAAGAAACUGUCAUUGUAAAUGGAAAAUAUAUAUUAUUUGUAUUUAAAUAAUUUCAAAUAAAAUAACUUUUUAAAAGA